GUUUCAGUUUGAUCAGUCGCCGGGUUUCGGGUUCGGGGUGCUGUCCUGUAGCCGUCGAGGAUUAGUGCGUCCCGAACUACAGCCGGUGCCGUCGAGUCUCGCGUCCGUCUCGAGAACGAGCAACACACAGCCUUGCUCGCUCGCUCACCGUGCUCCGCAUCGAGAUAAAUACUCCAGCGUCCUGAGCGUGACAAUCAAGAACUACGUCGACGGGUCGAAUUGCGAGGAAACCAGCGAAAGGACGACGUAUGCGAAUUUGAGAUUCAGAUUCGCAGCCAAGGGUUGCGAGAUUUCAGGGGCGGCGAGCGGACGGGGAGAGGAACGCUCGUUUUCACGUUGAUCGUGGGUACAGUGUGUGUUUUGUUUUCCUCUCAUUUUCGACAACGCGCUGCAGUGUGUGUGCAGUGCCGGUUGUCUUCCCUUCUCUGACUGCCAAUUCCGAGCUCAACGCCGCUACUGUGAUCAUAUCGAUAUCCACACAACGGAGGUGCCCUGGGUAAUCAGAGAAAUAUGAGUGCUCUCACGUUCCCAUUAUGCACCUUGCUCGCCCUCGGCAUUGCCGCGACCGCGGCCGCCGGUCUGAAGUGCGACGCCGUUAGGACUUACUUCGAAGCUCAGGGAUUUCCACCGAGCGACAUACCCAAAGAGCCGAUCUCCUCCCGUGAGUUGAAGACCUGCGGUGGCGUCAGUAGCGGCGGUGAAGUAUGCUGCUCAGCUGACAUGGAGCUAAGACUCCAGGCUCGAGCAAAGGACAAACACGAGAAGGCUACCAGAGACAGCCUUCACAGAUGGCAUCAGAUAUUCGCCACAAGGGCGACCAAGUUUCAUGACUUUUUCAAAGAUCUACUGGCGGCGAGUAAAAAAGGUUUUCACGAAAUGUUCAAACGAACAUACGGCGUUAUUUAUGAACAGAACGCCUACCUAUUCACCGACCUGUUCAAGGAACUCGAGAACUACUACGCCAGGGGAACGGUCAACCUUGAAGACGCGAUGGACAAUUUCUUCAACGUCCUUUAUCAGAAGAUGUUCACGGUGAUGAACAGCCAAUAUCAAUUCGACGACAAGUAUCUCGAGUGCGUUGGAGACCACAUGAAGGAGAUGAGCCCUUUCGGCGACGUUCCUCAAAAAUUGAGUGUUCAGAUAAAGCGAUCGUUCGUUGCAACCAGGGCUUUCAGCCAGUCCUUGAACGUCGCUGCUGACGUUCUGAAGAACAUGCAGACUCUUAGAUCAUCUCCCGAAUGCGCCGCGGCUUUAACCAGAAUGACGGCGUGCCCAUCAUGCAGUGGCAUUCCUGGUAAUGUCUUGGCGUGCACGAAUAUGUGCAGCAACGUGAUGAAGGGCUGUCUCGCUCAACAUGCUGCGCUUGAUGUCGACUGGAAUCAUUUUGUCGAGGCAGUCGACAAGGUCGCGGAGCGUCUUCUGGGUCCGUUCAACAUCGAGGUGGUGGUCGAACCGAUAGACAUAAAGAUAUCGGAGGCAAUCAUGAACUUCCAAGAGAGUGGAGCUGACGUGUCACAGAGAGUUUUCUCUGGCUGUGGUAAACCGAUAUUGGGGAAAAGACGGAGGCGGGACAGCAGGGAACUCCAGCUCGAGUCGCUGAAUUUCAAUCAGGCUUCAUCGGCCGAGGAUAGAGCUCCUACCGCCGCCAUGAUGGACAAACUCGUAAAGGAGAUCAGGCAGAGGAUCAGAGAUUCAAGACAAUUCUGGACCUUACUUCCCUACCAAUUAUGCAACAACGGUCUCGUCGUUCCUCCUAGCAAUACCAAAGAGUGCUGGAACGGGACUCACAUUGACCAGUACAUAUAUCCAGUAUCUUCGAGCGGUGAGAUUCAGACUCUGAAUCCCGAGGUCCAAGCCUCGGGACCAAAGGCAACGGUUGUCAAGGAGCAGCUGUACGCUCUUUCGAUGAUCAGUAACAGGUUGAGGUUGGCUUUCAACGGUCAAGACGUCGAUUGGAUCGACACAGAGGAGACUGGAUACGGAUCCGGAAGUGGUUCGGGAGACGGCGGUGACGAUGAUGAUGGUCGGAUCGACGACGACUUCGAGGAUGAGAACAUCGAGGGUGGCGACGUUGAGGGGAGAAUUCUGGUGGAGGGAUCAGGUUACGAGACGUCAACAAAUUCGAGGGACAAUCAAGACGCCUACAACAACAACAACAACAACAACAACAACAAGCAACAGACUACGACGACGAUUCUUGGCAAAGACGAAAGUCCGGUUGUUCCUCCGAAGAUCGACACUUCCGUUACGACAAAGAGCAAACCCGGUGCCAAUAACAAGACUUUGUCAGUAGCUGGUAGCGGCAAUGGUGUGUAUAGACCAAAAAUGUCACUCACCAGAGCACUGACUACGUACCUUUUCCCCAUAGCCGUAAUGUGGUUCGGCGGUUGUUUAACCGAGUGGCUGUGAUCCGCCAGUUAAUAAUUAAUAUUAUUUUAAACCUAUUGGUUAUAGGGUAAACAUUAUAUUAUUGCAUUAAUAACGCAAUAUUGUAAAUAUAUUAUAUUAUAUUGUGACGAUAAUAUCAUUAUUAUUAUUGUCAUUAUUAUUGUUAAUGAUACUGUGUUUUGUUAUCACUCUCAUCAAAUUCUUCAAUUGCGACGAUGAUGAUGAUAACGAUGAAGAUGAUCAUAAUAAUGAUGAUAAUAACAAUGAUAGGAAUCCCCCCGAUCUGAGAGAAGAUUGAAAAUUGAAGGCGAAGAAGAUAAGUGAGCAAUUUUUUUCUACAUCUUUUUCUUAACGUUUUUCUAUAUAUUCAGUUUAUGACGGUAACCUUUCUCGUCAAAGGCUAAUAAUAAUGAUUAUGAUGAUAAUAGUAUCAACAAUAACAAGGGUAAUAAUUUAUAAUAAUAAUAUUGAUAUCACACGUGAGAUUGUUAAAGCAGCUUUGAAAAAGAUGCUUUUUGAGAAAAGAUUUAAUCCGAAAAUAAAAGUGAUGAUAAUACUAAUAACAACAUUAAUAAUAAUAAUUAUCUAGGUCGGGAAAAAUUGCUUAACCCAUGAAAUUGAAAAGAAAUCACGUCUACGACGGUAUCAAAGAAAGAAAAACUGAAGAAAAAAAGGAUCUGAGGAUGAAAGAAAACGAAAUAACCAGAUAUACGUAAUUCUAGUAUAAAAUAAAAGAUGAAAUAAAAAUAUAAACAAAUAAAUAGCGGUGCAUAACCAAUGAGCGUGAGAAACAAAAGUAUACGAAUGUGAGAAAGUUGUUCUUUUUUAAAUAUAUAUAUAUAUAUAUAUAUAUAUAUAUAUAUACCUAUGUGGGUGUUUAUUGAAUAACAGCGUAAAGAUUAAUACUAUAAGGAGAAUUGAAGGAGAAAAAACGAAAAGAGAAGUUAUUUUGAAACUAGAUUCUACAGAGUGUGAUCAAGAUCCAGACAAUCAUGAAUGACUUGAAACCCGAAGACUGAUUUCUCUUCGAUUUUUUAAAGUUUUCCUUACAGUUUUUCUGGUUUUUUUCAUUUAUUUGUGCGCGCUUCAGAAUAUCAAUGAAAGAAUAAAAAAUACUGUAAUAAACUACUAUGAUCAGAGAGAAUAUUCAACGAAGACAAAAUUAACGGAAAAUAGACCAAAUAUUAGAAAAGUGCGCCAAAGUUGACUGUUUUUAAAAUAAUUAUAUCCACAGAUAUGGUUUUUCAAUUUUUACGAUGAUUACUGGUUCCUCAUGCUAUCAAAUUCAGUUCUCAGAUUGCCGAGAAUUUUUUUGAUCAUCCCUUUAUUUACAUACAACUGAGGGAAUUUGUUGAACUAUUAUUAUUAUUAUCAUUAUCAUCAUCAUCAUUAUUAUUAUUAUUAUUAUUAUUCGUAAUAUUAUUACGAAUAUGUGGUGUAACUAAGUACUUUGUUUAAUUUUUAUUUUAUGUAAAAUUGUUUGAAUAACAAUUAUUAUUAUAAAUGAAAUUUAAUAUAAUCUAAUAUAAUGUAAUUAAUUGAUUGACUCUGAUUAAUAAUUCAAGAUUUGAAUAUUAUUAGAUACAAGUAUGUACGUAGAUGCAUACAUAGGUAUACUGUGUACAAUGUAAGUGAAGAAAGAACAAGAGAGAAAUAGAAAGAGAGAGAAAGAGAGAGAGAGAGUGUGUGUAGAAUCGGUGUAGAUAGAAAGUUAAUGACAAUGAAUGACAGAAAAAACGAAAGGGAACAAGAAAGAAAAAUCGUGAAUCCUGUAAUUCAAUCUACGUUUUGUAAUAUAGAAAUUCGGAAUAGGAAAUCUGAGAGAAAAAGAAAAAGGUAAUCGAUUCGAUGUCGGCUUGGAUGACAAACGUACAUACAUGCCAUACUUACGUAUAAAAUAUGACUAUUAUUAUGUUUAUUAUGAUUAUCUUAUGUACAUAAUGAAAGAUCCAUGAUAGGAAGAAAUUAAUUUAAAAACAAAUACAAAAUAAAAAUUGAAACGACGCGAUAAAAAUGUGGAAUAAAUAUAUGUGAGUAUUGGAAUAUCCAAAAAACAAUGAUGACGCGAAUAUAUAAACUAUAACGGAGAAAAAAAUGUACGCAAUGAUGAAAUAUGCAUGUGUGUACAAAUAAUAGUGAUACGUAUUAUGUACACGGCGCGGAAAAUUGACGUGAUUAUCUAAUGUUGAUUUUUUCUGAUUAGUAGGCGAAUAAUUUACGAAAAAAUUGAACGCACGUAUAUAAAUUUAAAUUAUUACCUAUUAUUUUAUUAUUAUUAUUAUUAUUAUUAUUAUUAUUAUACAGGGUAACUCAAGUGAAACGAAUUUCUUUUCUUUCUUUUUUCAAAUAUCAUACACGGCACGUAAUUUAAACUUAAUUCGAAAUCCUUCACUUUGGUUAUAAUCAAAAUUACGCUGCUACAUUUUAUUCAUUAUCAUUUAUAUGACAGCAAUUUUUUAUCCCAUCUCUUUAUCCGUUCCACUCGAGUGAAUAUAUAUACUGCGUUAUAUGAUAUUUACAAUGUGGCAAUACUCUGCCCUCUAUUAACCUGAUCUACUGCCAAUAUUAACCUAUCUGAAAAAAGAGAAGCGAGAGAACCCCACCCACAUCCCACCCGAAUCCCUGCCCGUCAAUUCAAUAAUGUAUUAUAUAUAAUUAUUAUUGCGAACAAAUAAUGAAUACAUAAAUAAAAAAUAAGAAUUAAAUUUAAUGAAGGAAAACAUAUAUAUAUACAUGUACAUACAUACAUAUAUGUAUAUAUAUAUAUAAUUAUUAAAAUUAUGUAUACAAUUGUAUGUACAUUGUACUUAUAGUAUAUUUUAUAUGAUAACAAUAAUCCUAAUUUGUAAUUUUAUUUCCAAUUUCUUAUGUCUAAUCUUUGAGUAAGUAAUAAUGAACAAUUAUGAUUGAUUACAGAGAGGGGAUAUGAGUUCUGAAUUGAAAGAGUUAUAUGUAGACAGAAGCACUCGUACACGUACAUCAUAUUUAUGGCUGUGUGAAAGAAUUGCAGUCAUGUAUCGUUGCUUCAUUUUAACUCUUUUUUAUUUCUUCCCAUACGGUUUGAUGACAGUAAUAAUAAUAAUAAUAAUAAUAAUAAUAAUAAUAAUAAUAAUAGUGUUAAUAAUACUAAUAAUAUUCACACUAAUGACAGCAAUAAUACAUCAGAAUUGUGUUUUUUGUGAGAAAUGUGUAUAGCCUGUACGAUGUUUUGGGAUUUAUUGCAGCAAAACACAUGGUAGUAAGGUAAGUGUGCCAGUUAUUGACCCUGUCUCAACAAUUGACCUUCUUUGGUUGUAUCUGUUUAAUCCUUAGUUCUAAAAUUAACAAAAAAUAAAUUUUCAGUGUCUAACCUUCUAUCAAUUGGUUUUAGUUAUCCAGAAAUUCACAAUUUGUGCCAUCAAUUUAUAAUUUUGGAGAAUAAAAGUAUCAAUAAUUUGGUCGAACCAUAUCAGUAACUGGUACACUUAUUUUAUUGUUAAAAAAGCAAUUCCAACAGCGUCGUGUUGAACAAUACUGCGUUUUUCGUACGAUUCACUCUCUGUCAACCUAAUUACUUAACAGAAUAAAUGCCUCACAGCUUCCAUUGCACUGACAAUAAGCUUCUUCUACCGUAAUAUUUCUAUAAUAUCACCAGCUGACACGAUCAGCUGUUCAAUCGGUGUGGUGCCACAUUAUCCUGUAAAUUCCAAUACGCCAUCAAGCGGGAAAAAAUAUCCUACGAUUAACCGUGUCACAUUUAAUGAUGUCAAAACGAUCGAAACUAUGUAUAUCGGCUGCGUGACUGAUCUGUUGUCAUUAUUAUUCCUAAUAUGCUAUCCAAAAAUCUAGUACUUCGCAUAUACAUCACAUAUGCAGCAGAUUGCAGCAUAUUUUUGCCUGUGUUCAAAUGAUUUGAUAUAUAUAAUGUAGGAGAUUAUCUUCUAAAUUAAUUUGAAAUCCAUCGUUUUCAUAAUGCAACGGAUCUGCCAAAACAUCGAAACUACGAACACCCAUUUACGACAUUUUGAUGCCGAAUUCCAAAUUCAAGCCGCACGGUUAGUUAUAUCUGAUAAAAAUAUUAUCUCAAUUCGUAAGUUCAAUUUAAGACCAAUCGAGCAACACGCAUCCGAUUUCAAUCUUUUCUUUGAAUCAGACACGUAGACGUCAAUUGUUUAUCAUUUUGGUAAUUACAUCUAGAAAUCGAUAAUUCGUGUAUUGACGAAUCCAACACAAAUAAACGAAGAUUAGACAAGCUCAAAGAUAAUAGAAAAACAGGAAUUCCAAGUCGUAUGUCGAAACGUGAUCGAAACAGCCUGUAAGGCUCACCUUCUCUGGAAUCACGCAUGCGCAAUAGUCAAAUCUUGGGCAUUCCAGAAUUUAUAAACGGACGAGCACGAGCAGAACUCGUCACUUGUCACGUGAGUCUGACCGAGUCGAAAUAGAUAUCACAACUUUCUUUGUACGGGUUUGAGACGCUUCAUCCGUAAACAUGAAAUUGUCUUAUAAUUAAAAUUUAUAUGACGGAACAUAGAAGUUUCUUUUGAUAUAAUUUUCUUCUCAUUUAUCAACCUCGCAGUUAGCCUUUUAUUUUCUAUUAAUUUUCUUGCCUUGCUCUUUCUCUACAAAGUAAGUAAAAUCUUCCUGACAAUCAAUUAAAUCAACCUUCUGUUUAUUUGAUCUACCCAGCCUCAAUCUCGUUCGGUACAAUAGAAGACGGAAUAAUCUUCAAAAUAAACCCAAGCGAUUAAAACCCUACCCAACAAUGAACUCUGCAGCAUUAAUUGUUCGCAACGAAGAUUUCCUCCCGGGAUAUUUCAGCAGUUCAUUGUACACAUCUGGACAUUAAUUCAGACGGAUUGUUUUUCGUCCUAGUCGGUUAAGUUGGUAACGCAUGUUCAACCUGCAGCGCCACUGUCGGGCGGCCGUUACGGGCUGAAUCUGCGUUACCAACGUAAUCGACUCGGCCGAAAAACUAGCCGUCUCUGAAUUAAUUUCUGCAUGUUUACAUUGUGUAUGAGUAUCCGAUCUUAUUGCUUUCUCUAACAAUAAGUAUUGACAACGCAGGACAAUAGUCAAAGCAACGCCCGCUUUCCAGGAAAAGCACCAGAGCUGUUUAACACUCAGUAGCCUUAAGCAGAGUCGGAAUAAUAGUCUAUACAAAAGAUAAGAAAAAUCGCCGAUGAUAUAUCGAUGUGGCGCCCAACAAAGUGGUAGUGUGUGAUAUAUAUAAUGAGCGUAGAUUGUUCGGUAAUUAAUCAAAGGCACUGAAGAAUAAAUAUACUACAAUACGUAAUAUUAUAUGGUAUUAUAGACGCACGCAAAAUACAUAAACGUAAUAUAAUGAAGAAAUAAUUUAUUUAUUGAUCGUUUUACUAGUACGCGUACACUGUUACAUACAUGAGAAGGAUUUUUUUUUUUUUUAUCCAACGACAACGAUGGCAAAGACAAGAUAACAAUAAUAGUGAAAUGACAGCAGCCGCAAUAAAUUUAUAUAUUUAAAUUUCAUAAAAUCAGUCAUUGCGUUUUUGCUUGAGCAACUAAAAUGUUAUUUCAUCGCCUAAAACCAAUUGAAUGGAUCGACGUUUUUUGUAUCAUUUUUUCUACGUUAGUUCUUUCCUUAUUCAUUCUCUUUUCGCCUUAACUCUUUACCUUUCGAUAGAAAGUAUACAUAAACAAGGUCGCGGAAAGAAAUUAAUAAAUCGCGCUACGAAUAUCGUGUAAAAAUCAAAUGUAUAUUUCUUUGAAUUCAGCCUGUCGCUGGUGUUUUUUUUUUCUUUUUUAGAUUCUUCACGUAUAAAACAACAAUCGAUAAAAGUUUUCAAUCGCCUAAACACAAUAACAAGGAAUGAUGAGUUAUCCAUUUACCUACAACACGUAAAAAAACCCAAGAGACAUAAAUAAUAUCAGUGAUAAUACAAAUAAAUAAUUUCUUUAACAUUUCAUUUACUUUGAUCGUUAAUAUGACUUCAUUGUGUAUAAACGGUGAAUAAUUACAUAAAAGGCAGUUUGUUUUAAAUCUUCAUUCAAAUACACACAUUAUUGAUAACAAUAAUAAUAUUAAUAAAACUUUGCUACUUAUAGUGUACGUAUCGUGUAUUGUAUAUAUACACAGUUAUUUUUAAAAAUUGAAUUCUAGUACAAACAAAGAAAAACUUGCGCCAACCAGCGGCCCAUCGAUCGACUAUAUUUUCUUCACCCGUCACUAAAACGGUACGACGUAUUAUAUGGCUUGAUAUCGGUAACUUUCAUUGAGGG